AUGCAGUCUGAGAAGUCAAAGAAUGCUGGAAAUCCUUCACCCACGACUCCUCUAGUUGAGUUUUUGGAGACUUCAUAUGUUGAAUGCUCGGAAAUAAUUUUACUGGAGGAAAACAUGAAUUUCAAUGAACGAGCAGCAUCCUCAGCUAAUGUUAAACUAGGAGGAGGCUAUCUUCUAGUUGCAAUAGAUAUAGCAGCUAGAGGUGUUGACCUGCCAGAUGCGACUCAUAUAUACAACUUUGAUCUUUCAAAAGAUGCAGUGAACUAUCUUCAUCUAGCUGGAAGAACAGGUAGGAAGCCUUUCUCAGAUAGUAAAUGUUUUGUUACCAGCAUUAUAACAUCAGAAGAACGUUUUGUAUUGCAGAGAUUUGAAAAUGAAUUGACGUUUCAUUGCAAAGAGUUAUUGUUGUAA